AUUUUGGUGUGUCGCGCCUCCUUCCUCAACAUUUUAAUUUGAAAAUCGCGAUCGGAAGCUCUCUUCUUUUUAACCCUCGCGCGCUUCCCGCUACCCAGCAGCACUCUGCGAGAGACGCCAAGUGAGGUGCUGUCCGUGUGGAGUCCACAGAGAGGAGCAGAGGACGAGGAGGGACAGCGGCCGUGGGACAUGUCCAAACUGUCUGCAGCUCUGAAUUAAACACGCUCCUCCUCCACCUGCGCUGGUAUGACAACUGCGCGUGCAGUUUUGGGUGUGACAAACAUUUCGCGCGCGUCGGUGUGUCACGUUUGGGCAUUUCUCCAGCAGACUGAGUGGCGGUGGAGACGCGGAUGACUUGACUUUUUACUGCGGCAUCACCUCUCCCGUCUGUCCUCCUGCUGAUGGACGUUGUCUCGGCGGUUUGUCCGUCCAGAGCAGAUGUCCCGGACACACGCGUGCAGGCGCGCUGCUGAUUGACCUGCUGGUGCUCCUCGGCGAGCUGAAGUUUGCAGUCUUGAAGGCGUGAGCUCCAAAUGCAGUCGCUCCUCCUGGGCCGGGAGAAGAAAGAAGAAGAAGCCGGGUUCGGGAUCGAUCUGGGUCUGUCUCCGGGCUUUGCGCCCCACGCCGCCACCAUGUUCAGCUGCGUGGGCUGCUUCUGGGUGCUCCUGUCCUCCGCUCUGGUCGCCGUCUGCAGCUUCAGCUUCAUCUCACCUGCCUGGAUUGUAAAGGACCAGCUGAGGAACAGCCACCACCAGCAGCACCAGCAGCACCAGCAGCACCAGCACGGCGGCAGCAAGGACUCGGUGAGCUUCGGGUUGCUGUGGCACUGCUCCGAGUCUCUGGACCACAUGUACCGCUGCUACACCUUCGGGGGACUGGGCAAAUUUGCAGAGAUCCCCUCCAGCUCCUGGCAGGUGAGUAAAACAAACACACCCAUCACAUCCAGCCCAGCUCAGGUGCGGGGCGCAGAGCACGAGGGGCGUCCAGGUCGGGAGCUGACAGGACGUCAGAGAGCAAAGUUUGAUCUCUGCGUCAUCUCACUGAGAUUCACACACGCCACCGACUCAGUCAGUGGGUCCGGUUAUGAGCUCCUCUUCCGGGUUGUUGCUUUUGCUUGGACCGCGCUGCCGUCCAGUGCUGCUGGCGCUCAGGAGCACGGAGCGGUGCUGAUGGGCCGUCGCCAGGCUGGCAGAGCGGCUGCAUCCGUUUAG